CCCUGCGAAAAACACCACACAAGCCCUAAAAGAGUCUGACAGGCAAUGCCUUCCCAGCUGAAGCUUCUAGAACCGGAGCACAAGGGAGGCGUGGUCCAAGGCUGGACCCGCCCCCCCCUGCGGGCGGAAGUUGUGGGCCAAUUGCCGGAAGUCGUCACGAGGCGGUGCUUGCGCGGCGGGGUGGAAUCGGUAUGGCGACCGAAGGAGAUGUGGAGCUGGAGUUGGAGACUGAGACCAGCGGCCCGGAGCGGCCCCCCGAGAAGCCUCGGAAGCAUGACAGUGGUGCGGCGGACCUGGAGAGGGUCACCGAUUAUGCGGAGGAGAAGGAGAUCCAGAGUUCCAAUCUGGAAACGGCCAUGUCCGUCAUUGGGGACAGACGGUCCCGGGAACAGAAAGCCAAACAGGAGCGGGAGAAGGAACUGGCAAAAGUCACUAUCAAGAAGGAAGAUCUGGAGCUGAUAAUGACAGAGAUGGAGAUCUCUCGAGCAGCAGCAGAACGGAGCUUGCGGGAACACAUGGGCAAUGUGGUAGAGGCUCUUAUUGCCCUAACCAACUGAUGUGUGCUUUCUCAGAUAUACUUACUGGAUUAACUUAUUGCAAUAAAGAUUUUGUCUUUUGCAGUUUU